AUGUAUGACAGUGAGCCAGCGAUUCAAGUGGAGGCGGCGCUGCACGGCGACGAUCACGAUUUGGUCGGUGACGAUUUGGGCCUGUACAAACAAAAAAUAGUGUUGUAUCGGACGUCGUGGAUUUCACCCUCAACAAUCUAUACGGUCUCAAGAUGCUUCUGCAGUACUGAAAACAUGAAAGGAAAAGUAGUUCUCAUCACUGGUGCUUCUUCAGGAAUUGGGGAGCAAUUACCAUUUAAAUAUGCAAAGAAAGAAGCUUCACUGGUGAUAGUUGCUAGGAGAGAGAAGCGACUCGUAGGGGUUGCUGAGAGAGCUCGCGGACUUGGCUCCCCAGAUGUUCUUCCUGUUUGUGCAGAUGUCUCAAACGUCAACGACUGCAAGCGAUUUGUUGAUGGAGCUAUCAACCACUUUGGCCAAUGUACAUGUAUAUAUAUAAUUAAAUUUAUUGUUAAUCACUAUCUAAUUUAUUCUAUCACUCAUCGAUUCAUAUUUAGAAUGGAAAAAAUUACUCUUGUCAAUGGACUGGAUCUGAUCCAAAUAGGCUUGUUUACAGUGGGUCAUGUGGUAAAUAAUGCUGGGAUUAGCUGUGUCUGCACAACUGAAGAUGCCACUGACAUUACGAAGUUCACAUCUAUGAUGGAUAUAAAUUUUUGGGGAUCAAUAUAUACUACUCAUUUUGCAAUUCCUCAACUCAAAAAGACCAAGGGAAAGACUGUCGUAAAUUCAUCAGCAGCUGCACUGUUAAAUUCACCCGGAUUGAGCUUAUACAGUGCAAGCAAAGCGGCAUUGAUAAGCUACCAUGAGACACUGAGAGUGGAAUUGGGUUCUGAAAUCACAAUAACUAUUACAACUCUUGGUUUCAUAGAAUCAGAAAUCACCCAAGGCAAAUGUUUAUCAAAGGAAGGUGUCAUUGAAGUAAAUACUAAACUGAUGAGAGAUACAAGAUCCACAGAUGUUAUUCAGGCAAUGCCGGCCAUGAGUUGUAGCGCAUGUGCAAAAGUCAUUGUUAAUGGUGUGUGCAGAGGAGAAAGAAAUGUGACACAACCAAAAUGGUUCAAACUGCUUUUCAUGCUAAGAACUUUAUCCCCUGAAGUGGUCGAAUGGUAUUAUCGCACAUUUUACUUCACCAACCCAACAAUCUCUCAUCAGAUGCUCUCAGCCAACAUCUCAUCUACUUCACCGGCCGUCACAAAAACUAAAGCAAAUUAG